AUACUGGAGGCCAAACCUAGCCAAACCGAGCCUAACGGAGAAGAAAAGAUUGAGAUCACCUCGAUGUCGUUCCCGGAAAGUUAUUCGGUACCUUGAGCAAAGAUUUUUGCCACAGCGCAGAGAUUCAUACGUUGACCGAAAAGGAAAUUGAUCAUCCCGACAUUAUUCCGGCAUCAUGGGCGGCGGAGACUUGAACUUGAAGAAGUCAUGGCACCCGUCGACGCUGCGCAACAUAGAGCGCGUCUGGAAGGCGGAGCAGAUGCGGGACCAGGAGCGGGCCAAGAUCGAGCAGCUGCAGAAGGAGCUGGAAGAAGAACGCAGCAAGCAGGAGAUGCGCCAGUAUGCCGAGAACAAAGGAGUCGUCAAAAAGCGCCAAGAGCGCCUCGACUGGAUGUACCAGGGAGUGGCCGGUCUUGUGGACCGUGACCAGUACCUGCUGGGACGCAAGGUCGACAAGAACUUUGAGAUGCUCAAGAAGGAAGAGGACGGCGUCAAGGAGGAGAACCCUGACCAGCAGCCGGGUGCGCUGUUCACCGUGGCGACGACUAGCGCCACCGUCGACCUGGAGAACAAGAUACGGGAGGACCCUCUCUUUGCUAUCAAGAAGCAGGAAAUGAAGACCAAGAAAACGCUUCUCAGCAACCCCGUCAAGAUGAAGCACCUCCGGGACAUGAUUGAGCAAUCUCUUGAGAAGAAGAAAAAGAAAAAGAAGAAGAAGAGGAAGAAGAAGAGGAGGUCUUCAACAUCCAGCUCGAACUCCUCCCCCAGGAGGAAGCACAGAAAGCACCACUCGGAGGCACGGACGAGACGCACCGAGAGUUCAGACGAAGAGGUGGAGGAGAAGCGGCCAAAGCCGAUCGACAUGCCCCAUGGAUUCGGACUGCUGGUGAGGGGCAAGCAGCCAGCGGAACGACCUCGACAAGAGAAGCCGGCACGGCCGAUCCAGCGUCAGGAGAAGUCACAGAGUCCCCCUCACAGACACAGGCGGCGGCCCCUGAGCGAGCGUGAGAAGGAGGAGGCUCGCCGGCAGAUGAUGGACAACGCCCAGUGGCGGGACGAGCAGCGCAAGACCAUCAUCUCCCAGUGUGACCGGAACGAUGCCAAGAAGGGUUCCGGCCACGGCUUCCUCAGGCCCCUGUUGAGCCAGGCAGCCGACUCCGGCAGCGUGCAUGGCCGAAUCAAGCAGAAAAUGAACAGGGUUCAGCGUGGCAGCGACGCAAUGGACACUCACUUUGCGCGCAAAUAAUAAACAAAAUAUCUGCUCCAA